AAAGUAGCCUCUCACUCGCUGCCUGUGGGUGGGAACCGGCUUAGGGCUGUCUGUCUGUCCAUCUGUCUGUCCCUCGCUCCAAUUGGAUAAGGCCACACCGGCCCGGUGGCCAAUCGUUGCCUCUUGUGGCGAGGUAUAUGUACGGCUCUCGAAGUGGCGAGCGGCUCAUUCAGACUUUCUGUGACUUUCUCAAGCUACCAAUAUGAGCGGAAGAGGCAAAACCGGAGGCAAGGCCAGGGCGAAGGCAAAGACCCGUUCAUCCCGUGCUGGCCUCCAGUUCCCCGUGGGCCGUGUGCACAGGCUGCUGCGCAAAGGCAACUACGCCGAGCGUGUGGGCGCUGGCGCACCAGUCUACCUGGCCGCCGUACUCGAGUACCUGACUGCUGAGAUCCUGGAGUUGGCCGGCAACGCUGCCCGUGACAACAAGAAGACUCGUAUCAUCCCCCGUCACCUACAACUGGCCGUCCGUAACGACGAGGAGCUGAACAAACUGCUCGGCGGUGUGACCAUCGCUCAGGGUGGUGUGCUGCCCAACAUCCAGGCAGUCCUACUCCCCAAGAAGACCGAGAAGGCAGUCAAAGCCAAGUAAAUUCGCUACUGCGACUUCAACUUGACUACUCAACCC